AUGACCUCCCUCUUCUUCUCCACUCCCGUCGAUAUCGAUGUGGUCCUCGAAGACAGCGAUGAGCGUCAGACGGUUGAUGUCAAGCUCGACAAGGGCCGUCGCGAGAGGGUCCCCCUCUACAUGGACGGAGAGUCUGUCAAGGGUGCUGUGACGGUCAGACCUAAGGAUGGAAAGCGUUUGGAACACACGGGCAUCAAAGUGCAAUUCAUUGGCACGAUCGAAAUGUUCUACGAUCGCGGUAACCAUUACGAAUUCCUGUCGCUGGUACAGGAGCUUGCGGCUCCCGGAGAACUGCAGCACCCCCAGACCUUCCCGUUCAACUUCAAGAAUAUCGAGAAGCAAUACGAAUCAUACAACGGUAUCAAUGUUAAGCUACGGUACUUUGUCCGCGUGACAGUAUCCAGGCGCAUGGCGGACGUGAUUCGGGAGAAGGACCUCUGGGUCUACUCCUACCGCAUGCCCCCCGAGACCAACAGCCCCAUCAAGAUGGACGUCGGUAUCGAAGACUGCCUGCACAUUGAAUUCGAGUACUCGAAAUCCAAGUACCACCUCAAGGAUGUCAUCGUAGGACGCAUCUACUUCCUGCUGGUGCGCUUGAAGAUCAAACACAUGGAGCUAUCCAUCAUCCGUCGUGAGACGACCGGAUCUCCGCCAAACCAAUAUAACGAAAGCGAGACGCUCGUGCGCUUCGAGAUCAUGGAUGGAUCACCUUCCCGAGGUGAAACCAUCCCCAUCCGUCUGUUCCUUGGAGGAUUCGACCUUACCCCAACAUUCCGCGACGUGAACAAGAAGUAUUCGACGCGCUACUACCUCAGCCUGGUACUUAUCGACGAAGACGCUCGUCGUUACUUCAAGCAAUCCGAAAUCGUCCUCUACCGUCAAGCUCCCGAGAUCGCCAUCACUCCUCAAAUCGCCCAGCAGCAACAGAUCCAACAACAGCAGCUCCUCCAACAGCAGCAGCAACAGCAACAGCUGCCCGCCGGUUCUGCGACGGCCGGCCCCGGACGAACUGACACCCAGCCUCAGUUCACUCAGCAAAUCCCUGCGGCUUAA